UAGGACACUCGCUCCCCGCACGCCGAGCCGGAGGAGACGCAGGGGGCAGUGGGCCGGGCGUCCCCAGCGCAUCCGGGAGGCGCGGACGGCCGGCGUGGGACGGCCACCUGGAGCGCAGCUGCCAGUUUCGAACAGUGAUGGCACAUAUUUUGGUCACCAGUUGCUCAGUGGACUGCAGAUUGUCUGAACUGUCUCCAUCCCCAUCAUGUACACCACAAAGGCUCUUUACUGCACCUGUGUUCUGAUUAGAAGCCAAGUAUAUGACACUGAAAAAUUCCACUGAGGUACUGCAAGCUUUCUUGGUGACAUGGCAUCUGGCUUCUUUCCAGAAGAGAAGUUUAGCACACAGUUCAGUCCUUGAUAUUGGAUUGCUUUGAGGAUCCUACCUGGAAUAGGCCUCCUGCCAGGAAAUGCUAAGUAUCAAGGAUCUUUUCUAAGAAAUCAAGGACUCAACAGUACGGAUUGCCUCAUAAUCAGGUAACCACCCCUCAGUCUUCAAAGCUCUGAUUGAAGUUCUUCUCCUCUGUGUGUGCCCCCUUUGGUUUCUACCUCUGCCUCAAGACUAUGUCAGAGAGUCACAAUGACCUUGCACAAUAACAAUACAACCUUGCCUUUGUUUCCAAACAUCAGCUCUUCCUGGAUACAGGGCCCCUCAGAGACAGGCCUGUCCUCCAGAACAGUCACUCACUUUGGCAGCUACAACAUUUCUCGAGCAGCUGGGAAUUUCUCCUCUCCAAAUGACACCACCAGUGACCCUCUGGGAGGUCAUACCAUCUGGCAAGUGGUCUUCAUUGCAUUCUUAACAGGUGUGGUAGCAUUGGUGACCAUCAUUGGCAACAUCCUAGUGAUUGUGGCAUUUAAGGUCAACAAGCAGCUGAAGACAGUCAACAACUACUUCCUCCUAAGCCUGGCUUGUGCCGAUCUGAUCAUUGGGGUCAUUUCCAUGAAUCUGUUUACUACCUACAUCAUCAUGAAUCGAUGGGCUUUAGGGAACUUGGCCUGUGACCUCUGGCUUGCUAUCGACUAUGUGGCCAGCAACGCCUCGGUCAUGAAUCUCCUGGUCAUUAGCUUUGACAGAUACUUUUCUAUCACGAGGCCACUCACUUACCGAGCCAAACGAACAACAAAAAGAGCUGGUGUGAUGAUAGGUCUGGCUUGGGUCAUCUCCUUCGUCCUCUGGGCUCCUGCCAUCCUGUUCUGGCAAUACUUCGUUGGGAAGAGAACUGUGCCCCCAGGGGAGUGUUUCAUUCAGUUCCUCAGUGAGCCCACCAUUACCUUUGGCACGGCCAUCGCUGCCUUUUAUAUGCCCGUCACCAUCAUGACUAUUUUAUACUGGAGGAUCUAUAAGGAAACCGAAAAACGAACCAAAGAGCUUGCUGGACUGCAAGCCUCUGGGACAGAAGCAGAGGCAGAAAACUUUGUCCAUCCAACAGGCAGUUCUCGAAGCUGCAGCAGCUAUGAGCUUCAACAGCAAAGCGUGAAACGCUCAGCCCGGAGGAAGUAUGGUCGCUGCCACUUCUGGUUCACCACCAAGAGCUGGAAGCCCAGUGAUGAGCAGAUGGACCAAGACCACAGCAGCAGCGAUAGCUGGAAUAACAACGACGCUGCUGCCUCCCUGGAAAACUCCGCCUCCUCGGAUGAGGAGGACAUUGGCUCGGAGACAAGAGCCAUCUAUUCGAUUGUGCUCAAGCUUCCAGGCCACAGCACCAUUCUCAACUCCACCAAAUUACCCUCAUCGGACAACCUGCAGGUGCCUGAUGAGCUAGGGAUGGCCAACUUGGAGAGGAAAGCCAGCAAGCUGCAGUCCCAGAAGAGUAUAGAUGAUGGAGGCAGUUUCCAAAAAAGUUUCUCUAAGCUUCCCAUCCAGCUAGAGUCAGCCGUGGACUCAACCAAGACCUCUGACGUCAACUCCUCAGUGGGGAAGACCACGGCCACUCUACCUCUGUCCUUCAAGGAAGCCACUCUGGCCAAGAGGUUUGCUCUGAAGACCAGAAGUCAGAUCACUAAGCGGAAACGGAUGUCCCUCAUCAAAGAGAAGAAAGCAGCCCAGACCCUCAGCGCCAUCCUGCUUGCCUUCAUCAUCACCUGGACCCCCUACAACAUCAUGGUUCUGGUGAACACCUUUUGUGACAGCUGCAUCCCCAAAACUUAUUGGAAUCUGGGCUACUGGCUGUGCUACAUCAACAGCACCGUGAACCCUGUGUGCUAUGCCCUGUGCAACAAAACAUUCAGAACCACUUUCAAGAUGCUGCUGCUGUGCCAGUGUGACAAAAGGAAGAGACGCAAGCAGCAGUACCAGCAGAGACAGUCCGUCAUUCUCCACAAGCGCGUGCCUGAGCAGGCCUUGUAGAGGGAGUUUUAUCGAUCGCAGUGACCAUACGCACACAUCAGCCCACAGACCUUAGGAGGGAGUAAGGUGAGGGCGGGGUGACUUCUGGUGAUGAUGAAAAUGUCUUCAUCACCCAGAUGUGAAAGAAGCUGCCUGUUUACCAAUCCAUUGAAUAAACCCAUUUUAACAUAAAAAGUCAAAUACCGAUUCAGCAAAAAAAAAGCAUAUUACUGAAUAUAAAAAAAAUUAUUCUGAAAUAGACAUUGUUUUUCUUACAGAGGAAGAAAAAUUGUUUCAUACUAAUUAUAUACCCAAAUUCUUCUGCUUGGUUCUUUGAACAACUCCCAUUAGCUCUGGAAUCUCAGAUGAGCAUAUCUAGCUGACCCGUUGCCACGUUCUUUCUAAGGAUCCCCAAAGUGUCAAUCCAGAUCCCACGUGGAACACGGCAGGCUAGUGAAUCCAUGGUUCUGAAAUUAUUUCUUAAGUUGCAAAGCUGAACCUUCUUGUCCCAAUAGAGCUUCCCGUCUACUCUUUGGUGUGUUGUUAAACUCUAUUUGUGGACUUGAUUCUUGCAAAGUACUGUUUUGUGCAGUUCAAGUUUCAUACGAAUAAAAAUAUAUAAGUAUAUAUGUGUGUGAGUUCCGCACACAAACACAUAAUGUAUAUAAUAUAAUGGGAAUCACUGAACUAGCAAAUUGUUACUGCAAUGUAUGCUUUCAGUACUUGGUAACUGAAACCCUCUAGGAUCCUAACAUGAUAUAAAAGUGAAAUAAUCCCUGUAUAAUAAUGUUUUGGAAACCGGGGCUGUUUUCCACGAAAUGCCCUAGUGAGUGUGCAGCCGAGCGGCCAGGUGCUCCCGGCAGAUCUGUGCGGAGUGGACCAUCCGCUGAGCCAGGCUCAGCACUACUGUUUGACCAGACUCUGAGUGUCAGUGAUCUCUGUUGCGCUCCUCAACAAGAGUUCAAUCAAGUCAGGGCCCCGCUGCCCCCCCACCCCGGCCAGAGCUCAAAGAAUGAGCCACAUCCAUAUGUUUGAAUUAACCCCCCAAAUCUGAAUAUUUCCAAACAAAAUCUUCUUCCAGCUAAUCUGCUUGAAACUCAGUAACAGUGUCCCGUUUGAAUGUCACACACAGCAGCGCAAAAGAGACACUUGUGAGGGGGUGAAGGACGCGGUAUUCAGUUUCUUGCCACCUGGCACCUUCUAAACGAAAAAGGGCUUACACCUUUGUUACUUAGCUAUGGCUAGUGCUUUCUGGUGUUCAUUGUGUGGCUUCACCUGAUGAUAGGUGGAGAUUUAGGAAGCCACACACGUGCUCCGAAGAAAGUGUUCCACUUUCAUGUUGAAAAAGUAGAACUCUAAAAUGAUCUCCUUGCAUUUCCCCAAAAUGAUUUUGUAUUCUCUGAAUUGACCAAAAUGCUAAAUGUUCUGUUUGGGGGAGGGGAGGGGUGCUGCUUUUGCUGUCAUCUGUGUUGCUGCUAUAGUUGUUGGGGUUCCUUCUUUGCC